AUGCGUCUCCUUAAGCCUCAUUGGGUGACGCACGGAAAGACGUCAAAAACCGGCCCGUUCCUACGUCCAAUUUACACCCUCGAUAUUCACCCAGAUGGAAAGCGACUAGCUACUGGUGGUCUGACGGACGGUGGCGGGCUGAUAAUUCUGUGGGACAUGGCCCUUAUACGGAACCCUAGCCUUGAAAAGUCGUCCACAUCUCAGCGACUCUUUCAGAUGGAUAAUCAUCAGGCAUGCGUCAAUUGCGUCCGUUGGUCUCCGACAGGUCGAUGGCUGGCUUCUGGUGGCAUGGAUCGUGUCGUCAUGAUCUGGAUCAAAACUUCCACCGGUGCGCGCGCAAGUGCGAUUUUCGGAGCCAUUGAGAAAAUGAAGUUCACCGAACACUGGCGAUGUUCGACAGUCCUGCGUCAUCACACUGGAGGUACUUCUUUCGUCCGUUUUUACCGAUUCUGA